AGUACUAUUUGUGGUCUUUUGGCUUUUGGUCUUUCAGUUGGCAUCGGACCACCAAUUAACAACGAGAAAAUGGUUUAUCCAGCGUCGCGUUUUCAGGCAACACAAGCGAAUGCGCUGCAACUCUCCCACUCGCCGCGUAAUACACCGGUGCAAGAGAACCCGCAUAUGAUACUACAGCUGCCAUCCUGGAGGAGUGUACGUCGUGCGGCCGGAGAGUUUAGCGCCUCCGCUUGGGAGUUAGCCUUUCGCUUCGGACAGAGCACAACAAUACAUGGUGUAAAUCGUUUGUUCAGCAGACGCGCUGGAAAGUACGAACGCUGCGUUUGGUUUUUGACCGUUAUGCUUGCUCUACUUGGCGCUAUAUACGUCAGCCACCUGCUCUCCGAGCGUUUCACUGAGGGUCGACUCGAGACAGUGGUGGAUAGCACACGUUGGCCCGUCUAUCAUAUACCUUUUCCCGUGGUAUCCAUUUGUCCGGAAAAUCAAUUAAAUUGGCAACGCUUGGCUGAGGCAAAACAAACUUUUCUCAAACCAAAUGAAUCGCCAGAGAAUGAGCGGUUAUUCGAAAUCAUUGUUAGCGACUAUGAUAAUGUGCAAUUUGCGGCUUUUCAAAGUUUCGCGAAUCUAGAAAAUACCCCCGUGGAUUCGUUGGAUUAUGUAAACUUUACUGAAGUUAUCGGACUAAUGACAUGGCGAUGUGAAGAGAUUUUGAGUCAAUGCCUGUGGAAUCACUUCGCUAUGAAUUGUUGUGAUAUAUUUUCGUUGCGUCGCAGUAAAUAUGGUUUUUGUUGGUCCUUCAAUUCUCUGGAAACGGUCGAGGGUAGGGAGAAGCAGAAAGUUGACUCGCUGUGGCCUUGGCAUACUGGUACUGCGGGACCGGGUAGUGGAUUGAUGGCGCGCGUGUACCUUCGUCCAGAAAAGCAUUAUCCAAACAGUACCAAUGAGAAGGGUAUAAAUCUAAUGAUCACGGAGCCAAAUGUAUGGCAUAGAGAUGCGAUGAUUGUGCCGGAAAAUUCAAAUACAAUGAUUGAGGUGGAGCCGGUGGUGUAUUACUAUGAUAACAACACACGUGGUUUGGGCUCUAAGCUGAGAGAGUGCAUUUUUGAUGACGAAAGGAAUGCUAAGGAUUUUCGCACACUUCAUGGUUACGUUUAUAUGAUUGAAAAUUGCCAAUCGGAGUGCCAUCAACAGCACUUGAUAAAAUAUUGUAAUUGCACAUUGGAUUUGCUAUUUCCACCUGGUAUCUAUACCGCUUGCAAGGCGAAGGAUCUGCUUUGCUUGGCGAAGAAUAACGAACGCUUCGUGUACUCCCGUCGCAAGGAAGAGGAAUUGUAUGUACGCAACUAUCAUGAGGGCAUGGUUUGUGAGUGUUUUCGAAACUGUUACUCCCUCAACUACAUGGCGGAUGCGCGUCCAUCAUUUCUAUCGCCGGAAGUCCACCGUAAUCGCUCAUAUAUUGACUUAGAUGUACAUUUCCGUUUUGAGACAAUGAUGGUUUAUCGUACGAGUUUGAUAUUCGGUUGGGUGGAUUUGAUGGUCGCUUUUGGCGGCAUUGCUGGCCUCUUUCUCGGUUGCUCUUUGAUUAGUACUAUGGAGUUGGCUUAUUUUCUGCUCGUCGAUUUGCCAACUUUUAUACUACAAAAAUAUCGAAAUAAAAAGUCGAAAAUGCGACAGGAAAGGAGUACAGAUAAGGCACGGUUGCAGAAUUUUGAAAUAAAAAACAACAUAAAGAAAUUAAAACAAUUUAAUAUAAAAAGCCAAUUAAUACAACCGCAAAGCUAUGAAAGUUUAUUUUACAACAAUAACAAAGAUGAUUCGAGAAAACUGCCACACAUCACAGACUGGCAGUCACCGCUAUAGCUAAAAUACAUUACUAACAAUGAGCUAUAAUACUUAGUAACCCAAUUGUAGUAAUAAAGUAUUAAAAAAAUUAAA